ACACGAGGACUUGCCUCCCUGCCCCCAGGGCUUCCAACAAGCAACAGGAAAAUGUGAGGGCAGCCAGUCAGGUGCUCACUGCAUUGUGUCUUUUCUGAACUUGUCAACGAUGACGGUAAGCGUUUAUAAAUGACAAUUCUCUGGCGGCUCCAGCACGUGCCAGGCAACGGGAAGUAUCAGAAUGCGAACUGCACGUCCCGCCUCCGUCCCGCCUCCGGUUUAUAAAAUGUAUGGUAAAGCAUGGCAGGCAAUGGGAAGUAUCGGAAUGUGAACUGCAUGUCCCGCCUCCGGCGAGUAUGGAAAAAUGUGAACGCAGCCCGUCGAAGCUCGCUGCAUUGUGUGUUUAAGUACAGGAUAAUGUGGGCACCACCAGUCUGAGGCUGACUGCAUCGUGCGUUUUUCGAAUUUGUGAACGAUGAAGUGUUUAUGAAUGACAAUUCUCUGGGGACUCCAGCACCAGGCAACAGGAAGUAUUGGAAUGAAACUCUGCAUGUCCUGCCUGCCUUUCCGCAAUUGGCGGUUCUUGUUCUUCCUGAUUAUUCGUUGGCGGACAGCUUCUGACAGAGAGACAUACGCUCUCGGGCAGCAGGCAACAAGCAUUCUGCACGUAGCUUCUGGCAGAGACAUGAUCCUUCCAGGCAAUUAGGGAAAGAAUGGGUAAUUGGUUCCAGAUGGUUUUCCUCGCUCCACGUCCUUGACGACAUGGCAGAGAACUUGGCAGCUGCUAGAGUGUGGGGACAUUGUCCCUCCAGGCGGUUAGGGAAAGAGCGGGUAAUUGGUCCUAGGCGCGUUUCAUCUUCCGAGAUCCUGGACUCUGUGGCAGACAGCUUCUGGUGGUGGGAUGGUGAUGAAUCCGUGGCGUAGAGUCUUGCACAGACAUGAUGGUUCUCGACAGAGCUGACAUGAGUGCAGAGAAUCUAGUACGGAUCUGUUAUUUUUUCGCCUACUGGGCAGAUCAGAGAGCUUCUGGCAAGGACACGACAGAUUUGGGGGCAGCUGCACAAGUGUAGAAAUCUGGUUGCGCAUUGUGUUUCCAGCAUUUCAACCGCGUUUUGUCAGGAGUCGCGUCGGUGCGUUGCCACAAAGGGCACAGCAGUUUUGGGAAGCUGCGCAAGUAGACAUUUGCUGGGACACUGUGUUUCCAGCACUUCCACCGUGUUUUGUCGCGAGUCGCGUCAUGCGUCGCUACGAAAGACACAACAGUUCUGAGCAGCUGCGCAAGUAGACAUUUGCGUGGAUUUCCAGCACCAACAGUGUUUUGUCCGAGUCGCAUCGUGCGUUGCAACGAUAUGAAUGAGUUCGCAUUGACAAUACCCCAAUGAUCUGUACAAAAUAUGGAUGAUGAUGCUGCACCAAGAGUGGUGUGCCAGAGUCGGCCAAGUGACAGCCAAUUGAAAGUGUGGUGAGUAGUCUGCGAAUGCCAAUCUUUUUUCUAUCUCUGUCCUUCCUAUGGCCACCGAAAUGCUGAAGAGUGCAAACAGUGUUGGACGUGGAGAUGGGAAAGUGUGUAUCGCUGAGAACAGAAGCAAAAGCAAGCACACAAGGGGGGGGAGAGAGAGAGAGAGAGAGAGAGAGAGGGGGGGGGGGCGGGGACGGGGAGAGAAAUAGGUUUGUGUUUUAUGGUCGGGCCAGUUUCAGAGUUCCAGUCACCAGCGCUCAUCAGUGCAGAGUUCAGCAACCCAAGUCCAGCAUCCUCAUCCAAGCUCGCACUAAUCGCGGUUGAAGAGCAACGCCAGCUGGCAGCCAAGGCUGCCCAGCUACAGGCUGACGAAGCGGCAGCAGCAGAGAAGCUGCGGCUACAGGCCGAAGCAGAUGCAGAUACCCAGGCUUGCCGCAAGGAAGCCCAGGAUAUGCUGCAGCGGCAUGAAGCCACCAGCAUCGACAGACUCAAGUUCUGGCACUUUCAACCGAACGGUGACAAUCCAACACCGGAAGAGAAGUACAAGGAGUUCCUCUCCAAACUCGUGACGCGGUUGCUGUAUGCUUGCAACUACCAACGGUCAGAGUUGGAGAGACAGUACCAGGACCUGACGCAACAGCAUCAGGAGUUGGCGACGCUCCGCCGCACAGUGCAGAGCCACGAGGAUGCAACUUGGGCACUCAAUGCCCGAUUGCUGGACCUGGAACAGGCUGUACCAGGACCAACUGCUGGGGCUUCCAGCAGUGCACUCUCUAGCCGCCAACUGGAGGAACGCGUUGACCGCAUCAUGGCAAUGCUCGGCGACAUUAACACCUUCGCUGCGCCGUCCACCAUCAGCACUCAGCUGCAUACCUUGAAGACCGAGGUCCAACAUCUGCAAUCGACGAACGCAGAUGGCAAUCAGAAGAUGCCAACUUUCCAACUAGAAAAGUUCGACGACUACACGCAGCAGGAUCCGACCCUCUGGUGGGAGGCAUUCACGACUCAACUCAGGAUUCUGCCUGUCGCUAAGCACAAGUACAUCGGCGCCCUGUUCCUGAACUCAAAGGGCGGAUGCCAGACCUGGUUGACCCACCUGGCAACCUCCCACGGCGUCAACGUACCGGACCUCAAGGACAAGAUCACAUGGGAAGAACUGACACGGCUGUGGAAGAAGCGGUUCAUCGUCGACGACGCGCCAGCACUCGCCAUCAACCGACUGUUCGCCAUGUCACAGGGCAACACAGCAACACGGGACUGGCUCACGGAGUGGCAGAAGAUUGCGGCUGUGCCCAAUCUGAACUUACCAUUUGAGCAUCUAGGCCGUGAGUUCUACAACAGGUCCUGUGCUGCAUUGAGCCAGGCUCUUGGUGAUCGCAAGCAGUACUCGACCUUUGCUGAGAUUAUUGACAAAGCAAGGGAGAUCAUCAAGACCAACAGGUCAGCUGCACACGAGAAAUCAACAUCAUGGCAGCCGACCUAUGUGGAGAAGGACGUUUCACGCAAACUGCUUCCCAAGUGGUUUGGACCUUGGUCUGUGACAGCAGCCGCGGGCGAUGAGCCCGAUGGCCCUUCAUUUGUGAUCGACAUUCCAGAGCAUCUGACGGUCCAUCCGGUCUUCCACGCCUCGAUGCUGGCAACAUACACGCCAGCCAAGAGCGAGGACUUUCCGGGCCGACGAUCGCAGGACCCUCCUUCUAUGGAUGGCCAUCAGGAAGUUGACCGCGUCAUCUCCGAUCGCAAGUACGGCAGCAAGCCGCGGCAGUACAAAGUCACAUUCAAAGCAUGCGAUCGCGACGACACUCGGUGGAUUUCAGGAGCAGAUUUGAAAGCAUCUGCACCGCUGAUCUACGCUCACUUUGAACGUCAAAGGUUAGCCAAGGGACCUCCACGACCUGCCCCUCCCACCCGGACUGUGGUCCCUCCCUCGGAAAGACAGCUUCGCCCUCGCAGGUAAGCUUGGUCUUUCAAGGAGGGGGGGGUGUGGCAUACUGCGUAGCCACACGGGC